UACGACACCUCCGAGCGCACCUACUUCAAGGACGCCGUGAGCCCCGGGAAGCACACAGCCAGCUCGCACCGGCUCUCGGCCCUGGUCACCCCCGCUGGGAAGUCCUACGAGUGCCAGGCCCAGCAGACCAUCUCCCUCAUCUCCAGUGACCACCAGAAGUCGGUGCAGCUCCUGCUGUCGGAAGUGCGGCUCCAGCCCUUCGACAUCCCCGCGGAUUUUGUCUUCAGUGAAGAACACAAGUGCCCAGUGGACCAGAGGGAGCAGUUGGAAGAAACCCUGCCUCUGAUUCUGGGCCUGAUCCUGGGCUUGGUGAUCGUGAUCACCCUUGGCAUUUACCACAUCCACCUCAAGCUGACAGCCAGCCAAGUGCAGAUUCCUCGGGACAGAUCUCAGUACAAGCACAUGGGAUAGGGAGCAGGAUCGAGCAACCCGAGUAUUCAUCAGGUAGAAAAAGCAAAAGCACUUUUUUUCCUGUGGGUGAGGAAAGGUUAGGGGGGGGCAAGAGAUGGUAUUCACAGCACCUCAUGGUGAGCAUUUCAUGGGGACACGCAGGUCAGGGCCGGGCCUUCACUCAGUCAGGGCAGUCUGUAAGAGGACUCGGUGUCUGAUGUGAGGUGUCUGUGGCAGUAGGUGGUUUGAAUACCUUCUUAAGCAGCUGGGCUGAUCAUCUGGAAACAGAAAUGCUUCACAUGUCAAAGUUUAACAUUGGGAGCAA